AUGGACCUUCCCAAGCCGACUUCAGAAGUGGACUUUGUCUCUUUGCUGUGGACUUGGUCUGUGUGGUCCAAGUCCCUGUGGACCUUCUCAAGCGAACCUGUACCUGGACUUCACACCACCUCCAUGUCAAGAUGGCCUGGAUCCCUGAAUUUUCCAAAUGUUCACACAGAUAUCACUGCUGAGGAGUACAGGGAUGAGGAAAAAUCAUACAAAGUCAAAGUGGAAAAUUACAAUCUGACCUCUAUUGACUUCAUCCUGUUGGGCUUGUUCCCUCCAUCAAGGGUUGGCCUUGUCCUCCUCAUUCUCAUCAUUCCCAUCUUCCUAAUUGCACAGGCUGGCAAACUUGCCAUGGUCCUGCUCAUCCUCCUGGACACCUACCUCCACACACCCAUGUACAUCCUGCUCAGUCAGCUCUCCCUCAUGGACCUCAUGUACAUCUGCACCACUGUCCCCAAGAUGGCUUCCAGUUUUCUAUCUAGAAACAAGUGCAUCUUCUUCAUUGGGUGUGGGGUCCAGGCUUUCUUCUUCGUUAGUUUAGCAGGUUCUGAAGGACUCAUCCUGACGUCCAUGGCCUAUGAUCGGUAUGUGGCUACUUGCUUUCCUCUGCACUACCCCAUUCACAUGAACAAAAGAGUGUGUGUGCUGAUGACCCUGGGAUCUUGGGUAAGAGGUGCUAUCAAUUCCUGUGCUCACACAGUAUCUAUCCUCCGGAUAUCUUACUUCAGGUCCAGGGCCAUCAAUCAUUUCUUCUGUGAUGGCCCAGCCAUGCUGACUCUUGCUUGUGGGGGCACCAGCGUUCAUGAGUAUACUGUGUUCCUCAGCACCGUCAUCUUUCUUCUCUUCCCUUCCAUGGUCAUUUUAUUUUCUUAUGGGAAAAUUUUCCUUGCUGUCUACUGCAUAAGAUCACAGGAAGGCAGGAAGAAGGCCUAUUUCACCUGCAGCAGCUACCUCAUCGUGGUGACUUUCUACAUUGUACCAUUUGCUUACAAUUAUCUCUGCCCAAAAUCCCUCCACUUACCAUCAGAGGACAAAGUUGUGGCUAUCUUCUACACCAUCUCCACCCCAAUGAUUAACCCUAUGUUCUACAGUCUGAGGAACAAGGAAGUUCUGAGGGCCUUGGGAAGAGCAAGAGAGAUGUUGCGCUCCAUGAAAUUGUAGAUGACUUUCCAUCUCACAGUGCUGAGCUAUUGGGAGUCACUGCUCCCAACAC